ACUCUGGGCUCUGUGUGUCUGUCACUGGAGCCAAGGAGUGUGGGAGGGCUUUCUACAACUCUUCAUAGAUUACCAGAUCCUGUCUUUAUCCUCAUCUCCUGUCUUACUGUGACUCUGUCUCUUACUCUUUUACUCUUUUUGUUUCUCUAAACAUUUUUGCUUCAGUCUGGGACCGAGUCUAACUUAUCAAGGACAAUCUGCAUAAAUAUGGUCAGCAUCAGUUUGCUGCGCACUGAAGAACAUCAGCACAAUUGGAAUUAAAUUGUCCAAACUGACAACUGGAGCAGCUUUCAAAGAAUUGAUUUUUCAAAGAAUCUUCAGCUGCAUCUACCUUCCUUCCUUUUCCACAACCACCGGCAUUCCGCUCCCAAAGGCUGUGCACCCCUCCAUGCUGACAGAGAGAGUCCCUGUCGGCCAGAUGUCCUCAGUUGUAGCCCCGGAAAAACCCACCUCCAACAUCAUGGGCCCCAAAGAGGUGGAGCUGAUCCUGGUGAAGGAGCAGAAUGGGGUUCAGUUCACCUCAACCACCUUAGUGGCUCCGACUCCUUCUCAGACCAACCCUAGUGGGGAGGAGGAGAGGGAGACCUGGGGGAAGAAAAUCGACUUCCUCCUGUCUGUGAUCGGAUUCGCCGUGGACCUCGCCAAUGUCUGGAGAUUCCCCUACCUCUGCUAUAAGAAUGGAGGAGGUGCGUUCCUGGUGCCAUACCUGUUCUUCAUGGUGAUAGCAGGCAUGCCUCUCUUCUACAUGGAGCUGGCUCUGGGACAGUACAACAGAGAGGGGGCAGCGGGGGUCUGGAAGAUCUGUCCCAUAUUUAAAGGUGUAGGCUUUACAGUGAUCCUCAUUUCCCUCUACGUUGGUUUCUACUAUAAUGUCAUCAUCUCCUGGGCGCUGUUCUACCUCUUCUCCUCGUUCACCAGCGAGCUACCAUGGGUCCACUGCAAUAACACUUGGAACAGUCCGAACUGCUCCGACUGGGCUGACAACAGCUCAGUCAGUGAUAUUUACAAGGCCACCCCUGCUCAGGAGUACUUUGAACGUGGGGUGCUCCACAUCCAGGACAGUAAUGGGAUUGAUGAUCUAGGCCGUCCACGCUGGCAGCUGACUUCCUGUCUAGCUGUAGUGAUUGUUCUGCUCUACUUCAGCCUCUGGAAGGGAGUCAAGACCUCCGGCAAGGUUGUGUGGAUCACAGCCACGAUGCCCUACGUGGUCUUGACUGUGCUGCUGCUCCGCGGAGUCACUCUGCCCGGAGCUAUCGAUGGCAUUAAGGCCUACCUCUCUGUGGACUUCCUGAGACUCUGUGACGCCAAGGUCUGGAUUGAGGCAGCAACACAGAUUUGUUUCUCUCUGGGAGUGGGGUUUGGUGUGCUAAUUGCCUUUUCCAGCUACAACAAAUUCAGCAACAACUGUUACAGAGACGCCAUCAUUACCAGCUCCAUCAACUCUUUAACCAGUUUCUUCUCCGGCUUUGUGGUCUUCUCCUUCCUUGGGUACAUGUCUCACAAGCACAAUGUAGCCCUGGACAAAGUUGCCAGAGACGGUGCUGGUUUGGUGUUUGUCAUUUACCCAGAAGCCAUUGCAACAUUACCUGGGUCAUCAGUGUGGGCGGUUAUCUUCUUCAUUAUGCUGUUGACACUGGGCAUUGACAGUGCUAUGGGUGGGAUGGAAUCAGUGAUCACGGGGCUGAUUGAUGAGUUUAAAUUCCUCCACAAGCACAGAGAGCUGUUCACCCUCUUCAUCGUCGUUGCUACCUUCCUCAUAUCCCUCUUCUGUGUUACAAAUGGUGGGAUGUAUGUGUUCACUCUGCUCGACCACUUUGCGGCAGGAACAUCGAUUCUCUUUGGAGUGCUUAUUGAAGCCAUCGGCAUCGCAUGGUUUUAUGGAGUGGACCGAUUCAGUGAUGACAUUGAGGAGAUGAUUGGCCAGCGACCAGGCAUGUACUGGAGGCUGUGCUGGAAGUUUGUCAGCCCCUGCUUUCUCCUAUUUAUGGUGGUGGUGAGCUUUGCCACGUUCAACCCUCCAAACUACGGCUCCUACAUGUUUCCUCCAUGGGCUAACAUGGUCGGGUGGUGUCUGGCCAUUUCCUCAAUGACCAUGGUACCUCUCUACGCCAUAUACAAACUCUGCACACUGCCUGGAAAGUUUUGCGAUAGACUGGCUUAUGCCAUCACCCCAGAGACAGAGCAUCAUUUGGUAGACAAUGGGGAGGUUCGGCAGUUCACACUGCAUCACUGGUUGGUGGUCUGAAAAAUACAAAGAGAGAGAGAGAGAAAGAGAGAGAGAGUGAAAGAGUGAGAGAGAGAGAGAAAGAGAGAAAGAAUGGGUGGAUGAAUGCAUGCACAGCAAAGGUCUGAAGAGUUAAGAAGAAGAAAGAAAUAGCCAUUUAAAUUGAUCACGAUGAUGUGGUGGUGGUGGGAGCAGUUUAAAAGUGCCGACAAAAAACCCAUAGGAAAUGUAAUGUUCUUUAAUUUCAACAGUGGUGUUUGAAGCUGUGUGUAUUGACCCUCUCCACCAUUGUGUUGACACUGGUGAAUGGGAUUCAAUCAAACAGGUAAUGUGGCAUUCUACGGAGCACCCUAAAGGUCACGUCAAGAAUUUUUUUGAGGAAUACUUUUGCAUUCCCUCGCAAUAUGUUUUGCGUUACCUCGCAAUAUUUUGCAUUUUCUCGCAAUAAAUUUUGUGUUCUCUCGCAAUACUUUUGCGUUGCCUCACAAUGCUUUUCUUCUUCCAUUCCUUCAGAGCCAUAUGUCUAUUUCUGCUAAGCUGCUCCUAGCACAACACAACAGUAUAUCAGCUUAUUGAAUUUUUCUUUGAACUGGGCAUUAAGUAUGCUGAUAUAGUACUACUGCUCAAUAGGCAUGGAUGGUUAGGCCUAUGUAAUUAGUGAAAGUAAAUUAAACGAAUUCUUAGAUCAAGAGGUCUCUCCAGAAGAAAGCAGUAUGUUAAUCUGCAGGGUGCUGUUAGUUUCAUUGGUGAACAGUUAGUGUACUCUGUACUGUUCUUUACCCCAGAGGGGUUUCACUAAGAAAAUGGGGACGUCUCCAGAGGAGGAAUUACAGAUGUGCAGUUGAAUCUACCUCAUAAAGCUAAUGUGCUGUAUUAGUCAAUAAAAGCAACAAACAAGAAGGUCACUGAAAUGCUGCAAACUGAGUCUGUGGUUCCGUCACAGAAUAUGUACAGACAACAUUGAACCACUUGCAGAGAUACAUCAGGAAUGCAGACCAACGCAAGUUGGAAAGCUUUUUGCAUUUUGGCACUGGGUCCUCUGUUCUUUGCACAAAACAAAUUAAAGUAACCUUCAAUGCUGAAACAGGUUUUGGUAGAAGGCUUGUUGCUCAUACAUGUGAAGCAAUAACUGAUGUUUCUUAUACAUACAGUUCCCAUACCCAGAAGUUUGAUAAUGUUCUAUCUGAUAACUUAUUUGCAGUGGACAUCAUAUAAGGCGAGGUGUCCAUAAACAAUGCUAAAUGCAUUAACUUGAGAAUCUCCAGACUACCUUCCAUUCCAAAUAGACAUACGGCUCAGAAGGAAUGGAAGAAGAAAAGCACAAACACAAAAUAUAUUGCAAGGGAAUGCUAAAUAUUUUGCAAGGGAAUGCAAAAGUAGUCCUCAAAAAAAUUCUUGACAUGAUCUUUAGGGGGCUCCGUAACAUUGCUUUCUCCAUAAAUAUGCUUCCUGAAGGUAAUACCAUGCAAGUUUUAGCCUGUCAGUUAUUUUUACUUUGCACUUGAUACAGUAUGAGAAAUGUUCUUAGAAUUGCUGGCAUAACCCAUUCAUAAGAAUGAGCAAUGAAAAGCCACAGGUGAAAGAAUCAAUGGUUUACUUUACAUUGUGUCAAGUGCAUAAUGCAUAGUAAAACUCAAAAUGGCAUGGUAUUUCUUUGAGGUAAGAUGUGCAAUUAAAAAGAUUCCACAUUUUGUUUAUGUGCAUGGGGUGGAGAUGUUAAGUUACACACUUGUGGAAGAGUUUAUUUCCAAAAUGCAGUUGGUUUUGGAAUUAAGGUUAAGGUGGCUUCUUUGCUUUCCAAUGUGUCAUUCUUGAUUAAAACUGAUUAAAAAAAAAAUUAAUUUUUUUUUAGCAGUCAGACAUGUAAUGAAUGCCACAGGUUUUAUUGAAUCCCAGUCCAUAUCUUGUUUAUAAUAUUUAUUUAUUUACUUGCUCUUCUUAAAUACUGUUAUAAUACACACAAUUCCUGCAGACUUCGAGAAAAAGACAACUACUUUUGUUUACAUCAAAACAAUUUCCAGGAAAGAACAGUUGCUACAUCAACAGACCAAAAUAACAUGAUUUGAAUAAACUUAAACUAUCUCUGAAUGUACAUUACCUGAGCUUUCUCACUGAGGUGGGUCCAAUUUUUUAAUAAACAAAAAUGACUCAUCAGUUACAAAUCAAUAGAAUUGAUUGUCUGAAAAUAAAAGUCACUUCUGCUUACCAUGUUCUUGUCUUUAGUUAUGUUGGAUGGACCAACAAAAACACAAUAUGACCAGUAGUGCAGUUGGGUAGUGUUAUCAAAUGUUGGUUCAUUUCAUUACAUGGGUAUGAAUAUAUUGUAAAAAAAAUACUAAAACUGAACCUGCCUGUAAUCAGACUUAAAUCUUGUCCUAGACUGGACAACUUCCAAAAAUAUAUCACUUACAAAAACAACAUCAUCAGCCACACUGCUGAUCUAAUCAACCAAAGACUAAUAUUAACUCAGAAAUUCAGAUACUGCUACUACUCUCACAUGAGAAUAUUUUGCCAAGGGAAUUUCUUUCUUUUAAUCAAUAGACCACUUGAUUGUUAACUUUAUCAUAGGUUAAUCACUCUUUCCCGUUAUAACAAAUGAGUGCCAAUGCACAUUCUUUUUUCAUUUUUGUUUAAGUGAAGAUUUGUUGUGUGUUUUUCCCACAAAGUUUCAGGUGGUUAUUUGAAAGCUAUGACUAUCACAUUUGCAGAAAGCAUAAAGCUUUAAUUUUACAGUUUACAGAAUCUUAUUCAGUAUUUAAAGACUGUUUAAAAAGCUCAUUUUUAUUGAACUGCAAAUGAAUAGUGUGUAAUGUAAUAUAUGAAGUAAUUUAAGUUAAAUAUCUGUGUAAGUAAAUGUAAUGUAGAGGGGCUUGUAUCGUAUUGUACUGUAUGAUAUUGAAUAACAAGACUAACAAGAUUAUAUAUGUACACACAUAUAUAUAUAUAUAUAUAUAUAUAUAUAUAAUAUAUAGAUUAUUGCUUUGUUACUGUGAAGUUGAUAUAUAUUAGCCUUAAGGAUCUUGAUGAGAAUUACCUGGAAAAUCCAUAUAAACUUUCUUCUCAUGAACUUUCUGUUUAAUCAGUUCUGUUUAAUCAGAAUAAAACAUUUUUCCAACUGGUUAGCAAUGACUUGUUUUCACAUUGUGGUACAUGUUACACACUGAAGGGUUAAUUGUGUCCCAAAUUGUAUGCCUGUGCUGCUGUACUGUGCCUUGUGGUGUUUAUGACUGUAUGACUUUGUUUUGUACUGUCAAAUAAAGUAUAAUUAAUGAAAUUAUUACAUUUAAAAUGUCA